CCGGCACUGGCAGGCUGUGACAGCCCUCUAGGCCGCAGCGUCAGUUAUCUACAAAGUGGAGGUCGAGGUAGAAUGCUAGUCUACUAGAGGGAUGCUAGGUGUGCGAUGCUACGGUACCGGAUGCUCAUAAGCUACCCUCCCUAGUAAAUAAGCAAGAGGGAAGUGGAGGGAGGGCCUUAUGAAUGGUUCCCUUCCCUGCCCUGUCCUGUUCUGCCCUGCUGUGUUUUGCUUGCUUGCUUGCUUGCUUGCUUGCUGCUGCUGCUGCUGCUGCAACUGCUCCCCCGGUUGUUCUCCUCUCCAUAGAGAUUGAGGCUGGCCACCUUCCUCUUUCACCCCUCUUCGUCCUCCACCUCUUUUCCCUCCCUCGUCCUCGUCCUCGUCCAUCACCUCUUCACCACUGCCUCCUCUCCCUCUCCCUCUCCCUCUCCCUCUCCCUCACAAAACCCUCACCGUCUCCUCUCAUCCAACAAUUACUGAAUCAUCCUCCGUCUCAGGGCCGUCAACCAGGCUAAAGACCGUCCAACAGCAGCCAUCUUGGGUUUCAAUUCAGCCAGAGUAAGCCCUGAAACGCUGUGCCGUCACCCCACCAUUCCCAUUCCACUUUCAUAUCUUUCAUCUCCAGAAGAAGAGUGGAAAAGAUAUGGUCGAGAAGGAGCCACCAUUUAUAACCUUGCCUGCGCCUCACAACGUAAACAAACACCAAUUUUAUCACCCUCAAUUCCACUCAUCUGCCUCUACCUCCGCCUCCACAUCCGUCUCCUCUGCUCCCUCACCGCACAUUUCAACCAUGUACCACCCUCAGCAAAUGUCAGCGCCUCAAUCUCCUCCAAUGCAUCAGGGAGCUGGUGGCUUGCAGCCCUAUCCGCCACCGCCAAACAAUGAGGGACCGCAAUCACCUCAAGCUUCAAAUCAGUACCCCCAAUACUCCUAUGACAUCCAAUUGAAGUAUCCCCAGAAUCAACAGCAUCAAGACGGUCACAAUCCUAAUCAUCAUUAUUCUCCACCUCCCGGAUCACACGGUCUUCCUUUACCACCAAUGACCAGUAAUCUGCCCCCGCUGAACCAACAAGGAUACCCACCUCCUCAGCAACAACAAGAAAUGCCAGCAGAUACAUCAGGCCAAAUCGCUCCACCUGGAUCAAAACCCAGAGUGACAGCUACGUUAUGGGAAGAUGAAGGCACACUCUGCUUUCAAGUUGAUGUCAAGGGAACCUGUGUGGCUCGUCGUGAAGGUAAAUUAGUCUCUUCUGUGCCCCUCCUUCCCGCUUCCGACCCUCCCGUACGGCCUGUACCUGUCCCCACAAAGAUAGCUCAUCUCUAGACCACCUCAUUCCAUUGUUAACUUGAAUCCCCAGAUAACCACAUGAUCAAUGGUACCAAACUCCUCAACGUAGCAGGAAUGACCCGCGGUCGUCGUGAUGGAAUCCUCAAAGCCGAGAAGCAAAAACAUGUGGUGAAAAUCGGCCCAAUGCACUUGAAAGGAGUGUGGAUUCCAUUUGAAAAAGCUCUCGAGUUCGCCAACAAGGAGAAGAUCACCGAAAUGCUGUAUCCCCUGUUUGUCCACAACAUUGGUGCUCUUCUUUACCACCCCUCCAACCAAGUCCCAGGCGGAAUUGCUACCCGUGCCUCGAGGGUCUACGCACCAGGUUCUCUCCGUCGAGAAAGUGUGCAUCAACAACAGCAACACCAACAAGGUCCGCCCCCUCAACAAAUGGAAAAUAUGCGCAGAGAAAGUAUAGGUAUGAGUCCGCAAGACGGAUACAAACACGAACCUCGUCCUUACGACCACGAAGCGUAUAAGCAAGAGCCACCCCGCACAUACGAACAGGAGCCAAGAGGUUACGAGCAAGAACCGCGAGGAUAUGAACAUGAGAGGGCGACUUAUGAUCAAGAUAGAAGUCCUCAGAGUGCGCAUUCGGAACAAAGGAUGAUUAAUGAUCAGUUGCAUCAGCAACAGCAACAGCAGCAACGAGCUGUUUAUGAUCAUUUCCCUGUUGCUUGAUCGUGAUCUGUCUAUCAUCCUCUAUUCUCUCUUCACUGAGUUGGGUUUGUGGGAGUCUGGCCAAGAAGGGGAGUUUGAUGUGCUAUAUUUUCUAUUUAUUUUCCAUCUUUUUCUUUUCAAAGACGAAAUGAGAUACAAAAACGAAACAAAAAAACGGAAAAGAAAUAACGAAAGAAUGAUAAAAGAAUGACGAAUCGGCUCACUCUCUCGCUCGCUUGAGAAAUGGAGGCGGUAGCGGAGCGAGAAUGAGAGCAUGAGAGGAUGGAUUUCCUAAGCUAAUGAUCAUCUUGCUUUCACCAAGGGGGAAACAGUUGGCAGGGUGGACAGCACUGAAAGAAUGGGAUGAGGAAGGAGCAAGGUAGGAACGGGAGGGAAAUCUCGAGAUGAUUUUAACUAACAGGAUGGAUGGUAAAUGGCAAAUGGCAAAUUGGGUGUUGGGGAAAACAGGGAAGAGGAGAAGGGGUGACUGGCGUACCAAAGCGAACGAACGAACGAGGCGAACGAGGCGAACGAUUUUCCUAAUUCACCAAUUCCUUCUUCUUUACUGUAGCUAAGCUAUAUAUCAUGGACUCGUCACAUCAUAUCAUAGCUAUAUAACGAAAUAACGAAAGUUUUAAAAUGAGAAACC